AGAGAAAGAGAGCGAGAGAAUUCGGUCUUGGCUGUGGCCGGACUGUAAAAAUGGCUCCUUCUUAUCCUGGGGGUCUGCGAGUCCCCGAGCUGCUGCUGUCACUGGCAAGCCCGAGCUCUUUCCUCUUUGCAUAAGCGGAUCCAGAAGUUCCUAUUCUCCUCUGUGCGUGUGUGGGGGAUUUAACUUGCUGAAGGCGGCAGGGAGCUGCGGUUGGCUGUGGGUGGGAAUGUAAAUUGGAUGUCAAAAGGCGCCUGUAUUAUCAGGCACUGAAAAGUGGGAUUUAAUUAGUCAGCGCUUGCGAAAGUAUCUUUGCUAGAGAAGGAGAAAUAUGUUGCCAGUAACAAAAGAAAAUGCAAUCAGACGUGAAAAUCAGCUGCUAGAGCACAGGACUGAAGAGUAGAGAAUACAUUUGUAAAGCGUGCUGGCCCUUGGAAUUGCAGAGGCCAGCGGCCAGUGGAGGAGGCAGGAGCCGCGUCUCACCAUGGAGCAGUAUGUGCUGCUGGACCCCCGGCAGAGGGCCCUGUACAGGGAUGUCAUGCAGGAGAGCUAUGAAACCCUGAUGGCCCUCGAAUUUCCAAUUUCCAAGCCUGACCUGCUCUCCCGGCUGGACCAAGGGGAUGAGCCAACAGCCCUGGAUCUCCACAUGCCCAGAGGUGGCCGGGCAGUAGCGGAUGGCACCGCCAGUGGGAAGGAAGAGGAGAAACCCCAGCAAGCGAGCCCGGAGGAGCUGGCCUCGGAAAAAGCCGACGGCGCUGGGAAGGCUCCCCAAAGCCCUGAGGCAGGGGACAAGCCGCCGGCUAACAGCAGGGAGAGCCCCAACACCUGCGCCGAGUGUGGCAAGACCUUCAGUCACAAGUCGGCGCUGGCCAAGCACCAGAAGAUCCACACGGGCGAGCGGCCCCACGAAUGCCCCGACUGCGGCAAGACCUUCAUCCAGCGUUCGGACCUGACCAUCCACCGGCGGGUGCACACUGGGGAGCGCCCCUAUGCUUGUCCCGACUGCGGGCGCCGCUUCAGCGUCAGCUCAUCCCUGCUGACCCACCAGCGCACCCACGCGCCGGGCGGCGAGAAGCCCAACCGCUGCCCGCAGUGCGGCAAGAGCUUUGCCGACCCCAACGCCCUGACCCGGCACCAGAAGAGCCACCUGGGCGGCAAGCCAUACGAGUGCGGCGUCUGUGGCAAGGCCUUCGCCUGGAGCUCCCACCUGGAGCGGCACCAGCGCAUCCACACGGGAGAGAAGCCCUUUCAGUGCGGGGAGUGUGGCCGGGCCUUUGCCUGGAGCUCCCACCUGGACCGCCACAUGCGCACCCACGCAGCGGCCGUGGAGGAGGAGGAGGCCGAGGAGGAAGCCCCGCCCCCGCCUCAGAGAUGUGCCGACUGCGGUAAGCGCCUCAAUCACCAGACGGACCCGCAGCGCUUCAAGCACAAGGGGACGCAGACCCAGGAUGGCGGUGGGGUGGGAGAGGGGCCCGACCAGAUCGAGGAGAGUGGCCCCGAGCGGCCCCACCGCUGCGAACAGUGCGGCAAAUGCUUUAGCCAGAGCUCGAACCUGCUCAAACAUCAGCGCGUGCACACGGGCGAGCGCCCCUACGCCUGCCCGGACUGCGGGCGCCGCUUCCGCUGGGGAUCGGCCCUGGCCAAACACCAGCGCACCCAUGCCCGGGAAAGGCCUGCUGAGGACCCAGAGCCGGCCCGUGAGACUGGAGCUGCCGGCAAGCCGUACCCGUGUGGGGCCUGCGGGAAGAGUUUUGGCUGGAUCUCGCACCUGGAGCGUCACCGGCGCAUCCACACGGGAGAGAAGCCCUACCGGUGUGGGGAGUGUGGGCGGGCCUUCGCCGUCAGCUCCCACCUGGAGCGGCACCGGCGCAUCCACACCGGCGAGCGGCCCUACCGCUGCGGCGACUGUGGCAAAAGCUUUGCCGUCAGCUCCACCCUGCUGGCUCACCGGCGCACUCACGCCGCCCGGGAAGGGAGGCCUCACCAGUGCCCUGACUGUGGCAAAGGUUUCACCGCUGCAGCUGCCCUGGAGCGGCACCGCCGGUUGCACCGGGGUGAGAAGCCUUACCAGUGCGGUGUCUGCGGCAAAGGCUUUGCCUGGAGCUCACACUACGACCGGCACCGGCUCACUCACACUGGAGAAAAGCCCUUCCCCUGCGCCCACUGUGGCAAGCGCUUCGGCCGCAGCUCCCACCGCAACCGGCAUCAGCGGGCCCACGCCCAGGCCGGCGCGGAGAAACGGCAUGUCUGUCCCGACUGCGGCAAAGCCUUCAGCCUCAGUGCGGCCCUGGCGGCCCACCAGAGACUCCAUGCCGUCGGCACCAACAGCCCACUCUCCCUGCUGCCGCCCGCCUGGUGGGAGGCCGAGAGGAGGAUCGGGACAACUACACCACCACCCGAGGCCUGGGCUCAGGAUCCUGCCACCCACUUCCAAUGCCCUGUCCCUUUGUCGUCCCCCCGGUCCUGGGCGACCAAGUCUCUCUCAGCUCCCAGCGCAUGGAGACCAGGGGAAGGGGAGGCCAGUGCUGCUGCCCCUCCAGAGAGCUGGGCCCAGCAACCUCCUCCCAGCAACUAACAUGGCUAAGCAGGGUGUAUGUAGGGGAGGGGGAACCCCUGUCUUUGGAGAGAGCCAGAAACACCCCAUGCCCUGGAGGUGGCUGGUUGGGGACUGGCAUGUUCUGCCCCCAGCCAGGGGAUUCUUUGUGGGGGGGGGGUGUGGCAAUUUUCCCCCUCACACUAGCAGCAUUAUUCACUGCUGAUGUAGGAAAAUGGGCCUUUAGCCGCCUGGUAGCUGAGACCCCUUUCUCCCCCUCCCCCCUGCCCUGAAUGGCAUAGGGCCAGGGGAUUCCCCCCACCCACCCCAUACCCAGGUGGAAAUGAGAGCUAGAAGGGAAGGGGGUGGAGGGCUGGGUCUGGAAUAGGAACUAGACAGGGGGGAGGAUGGGGGAUGAGAUUAGGGGACUGGGGGUGUAGGAACCAGAGGGGGCAGUGGGUGGGUGGUGGGAAUCAGAGUGAGAGGGGGCUGAGUGUUUAGUGUUCAGGGGGUUGGAUGGGAAGCAGAUGGAGCUUGCAGUGUAUGGGUGUGCCGGGGGCAGGGGGGUAUCUAACAUCACGGGCUGUGGGAUAGAGAUGGGAUUACGGAGCUGCUGCUCCCCAUGCGACUUUUUCCACCUGCUCCGCUCUGUUUGCCUCUGUGCUGUCACUGGCUUGGAAGGAAAUGGAGGAGACCUCAGAGCAGACAGACAUGGGAGAUGUGGGGCAGAGGUUGGGGGAGAGACAACCAGACAGAGAGUGGGUGGGGGGAAGGGGAUCUGUCUCUGGAGCAGAGGAAUGGCUUUGGAACAGGGGCAUGGUUCACCAGUGGGACUCCCUGCUGCUGGAGACACCUGGAGAAAUAAGCACAGCGAAGGGCCUCUGUGGCUGGGAAUCUGCCUUGUUAUAGCCAUUUAAAGGCGGGGCCAGUGACCCAGUGCCCAGCAAAGGUAUGAAAUUUGGCCUGAGAGCCACAGAUGCACAAGCCCCGCUCCAUGGGACCUGACCCUCUUUCAGGAUGCGAAAGGAAAGGCUCAGGACUCUGCCUUGCUCUCUGCUCCAGGGAGAUGAAUUCACCCUCACCAUGCAGAGCAGCAACUGGUUUCCACGGGCCCUCCUCUUCAUGGGGAGCCUAGAACAACCUUUGUGGGCCCAGGGAAUCCAGUGUCAAUAGCAUUAGCUUUAGGGUGUCACAUUUAUAUGGUCCCCUCGGCUUUGUGUUAGCCUAGGAAGGGUCACAUUUAUACAGUUCCCCCUCCAUUCUAUUAGCUUUAGGGUGUCAUGUCUAUACUGUCCUUCCUUUCUGGAGCCUCCGGGCAGCUCAUUAUAACGGCUCCCCGUAGAUUCUGCGUGACGCAUCCCGUGCUAGACAAAGGAUGGUUAGGAAGGCUGAGCUAGUACAUUUUCUACGUUUAUCUUUGGUUGCACUAAUGCUGGGUCUGACUGUGCUCCUGGAUGGGUGUCAAUGAAAAAAUCCCCUCUGGCCUCUUGGGGCCAGUUGGUUAAGUAGCGAUGCUCACAGCUAGAGACGGAGACAGACCGAACUGGGGAAGGAAGUUACUGCCUGAGCUCUGCAGUGAUGUCAGACAGUCAGGGAGUGGAGGUCAAAGAUAACAGUGCUGGGAAAUGGCAGCGUUUGCUCUUCAGAGCCAGCCAGCUGAGAACUGUGAACUCGCUGCACUGGGAAAGACAGGAAAUGUCCUGUGAGUAUCAGGGGAAGCGGCCCUGAAUCCUAAAGGGCUAUGAAUGACACCCCAGGAGGAGGGAACAGCAUGGGAGAGGGGGCGUCUGCCGGUUCCUGAGGAAGAGGCUGGGCAGAGAAGGAAGCUGGGGAAGUCAGCAGGCCAGGUGAGUCCAUCAGUGAGGAGGCCACAGGGAGUCAGGAACUCUGACAGCUCAGCUGCUGGAAUCCGCCUCCUGCCUAGGAGUGCGGCUGCUGGCAGGUAAGGGGCUAGCGCUACAUCUCCUAGUUACCACAGCAGGUGACUACUUGGACCUGGGUUCUCCCAGCCAGAUCAUUGGCUUUUGUCACUGGCUCGAGUUGUUUGUCUCAGGGAAGGGCCUGAAAAGUUGGUUUAUUGUUGGGGGAGGUGUGUCCUGGGACAGAGAUGGGUUGGGAAUGGCACAGGGGUGGAGAUGGCCGCGGGCACAGAGGUGGGACAAGGGUUUAACUUUUGACUUCCUUGCUUCGGAUUAGAGGGUAAUAAAGUAGAAUGUAGUUUA